UCUGUCACAACACGAAAAUUUCAGAAAAACAAAAAUCAUUCCAGAUUAUCGUGCCAUCCCUCAGUCGCUUCGGAAUCGACUACGAAAGAGCAUCCCCGGGUCCGGUCGGUGUUCCGGAGGUUCGCCUGCGUACGUGUGUGUGUGUGUGUUUGUGUCCGUGUGGACCAUUUUGGGCCAAGAACUGAAGACGCAAUUACGGUUGUGCUCCAGGAAGACCAGUGGGAGCAACCUGGAUUUAAUUUUGUUGUUGCCGUUGGUGGUCGCUGCUGGAGGUGGUGAUUCAUAGCAGAACAGCCCUUCCCAGGUCGGAUUACGUCGUGAGGGCAUUUUUUCUCUUCUCUGCUCUACGUGUGGUUCCGAUAGUUCAGGGAAAAAAACAAGGUGACGAAAGUGACGCAGGAAAAGUUGGAACAAAAAAGAUUUGUCACACUCCACUCCAAAGAGGGGAAAAGCCCGAAAAGUGCGGUCGGUGCUCUUUGCGGGGGCGGCAGGAGGAUCAAGAGUCCAGCUUGUUUGUUAAAGUGGAAGAAAAUCGAUCGCUCUUCAGUGCGGUGUUGGGCGCAAGAGAAAAGAAGGAAAAACAUUUAGAGUUCAUAUCUUGUCUUGGAGCGAGAGUGAGAGGAGCGAGCAACCCGGAAUGACCUCGUUCUUCAACGUGGGUGCCCUCGGGGGUAACCCGUUCUCGACACCGGUGGGUCAGCGGAUCGAACAAGCGACAGAUGCGAGCCUCGCGUCCGAGAACUGGGCGCUCAACAUGGAGAUUUGCGAUCUGAUCAACGAAUCCUCGGACGGGGCGCGGGACGCGAUGAAGGCCAUCCGGAAGCGGUUAACGCAGAACGCCGGGAAAAACUACACCGUCAUCAUGUACACACUGACGGUGCUGGAAACGUGCGUCAAAAACUGCGGCAAGGCGUUCCACGUGCUGGUGGCCACCAAGGAGUUCAUCCAGGAGCUGGUCAAAUUGAUCGGUCCCAAGAACGACCCGCCACCCAUCGUGCAGGAGAAGGUGCUGAGCUUGAUUCAGGUUUGGGCGGACGCGUUCCGCUCGCAGCCGGAUCUGAACGGGGUGUGCCAGGUGUACCACGAGCUGAAGAACAAGGGCAUUGAGUUUCCCGCCACCGACCUGGACUCGCUGGCACCGAUUUACACUCCUCAGCGGAGUGUUCCAGACGGAGCGGCCACCGAAAGCAGCAUAUCUGUUUCUCCCCACCACGCUUCCCAAACGCCAGGCUCGCCAGCUAUGCCGCCACCAUCGUCCAUGUCGCAAGACCAAAUAGCUAAACUCCAAUCUGAGCUCGACAUCGUCACGAUGAACAUGACCGUGCUGGGUGACAUGCUGACGGAACUUAAACCCGGCCAGGAGGAUCCUUCCGACUAUCAGCUGCUGACCGAACUGGUCGCAACUUGCCGUGAAAUGCAAAACCGCAUCGUUGAACUGCUGGGCAAGGUAAACCACGACGAGCUUACCGCCGAAUUGCUCCGACUAAACGACGAGCUGAACAAUCUCUUCCUGCGGCACGCCCGCUUCGAGAAGAACCGCGAUCCCAAAACGGCCUCAUCGACCACUCCGUCGGCGAUCCUCGGCGCGGCCAUGGGACUUCCAACCCCGGCGGCGGCAGCAGCGGACAAGAAGGAAUCGCUGAUCGAUCUGAGUGAUGAAGCCACCGGUGGUGGUGGUGCUGGCGUAACCGGUGCCAUGGCCGGACUCAACCUGACGGCGGCGUCGCAGCUGUCCCAGCUGAGCAGCGUAACGGCCCAGUCCGGGGCGGCCAACAGCACCGGGAAGGCGGCGGCUGGUCAACCGGACGUGGUGACGGACGAGUUUGACAUUUUUGCCCAGUCGCGCAAUACCACCGGGGACAACAGCAAGGACGCACCCAAGGCAGAUUCUACAGGGCAGAACAAAUCGGCACCAUUGAACGCCCGCGACUCCGAGUUUGAUGAAAUGGAGCAAUGGUUGGGUAAUCCGGAUGACAUCGAUCACCUGGAGCAGCUGGAGGGCGGCGGCGGUAGUGCCACCGGGUCCGGCAGUAACGGUGGUGGCCCCGAGGAAAGUCUCACCAGCAAGGAGUUUGAGAAGUUCCUGGCCGAGCGGGCCGCCGUCGCCGACAACCUGCCGUCGAUCUCGAGCCAGGUCGGGUCCGGGACGGCCAAAAGCACCAAAAAGAAGUCCGACGAAGACGACGGCCUGCUGGCGCUGUGAGGAGGAGAGCCUGGACAUUCGGGUUGAACGACGACGACGACGACAUUACGGUAUGUGAUAGAUGUGUUUGUUUCUUGUGUUUUUCUGGAUGCAAAGGCCAACAAACCACCCUUGUUGUGUGCGUGUAAGAUGAUGUGUAUUUAGUGUGACGGUAACGGACGUGACCGCAGGCCGCCGGAGACUCACGGAUUGUGGGAUGCAUUCCGGUGGCCAGGACAGGGGCGUACAAAAGCUAAAAUAACGCCAUAUUUAAAGUCUAUUGAUGAUUGUAUUUAUAUUUAUAUUGUUUUCCAAACUGUUUUUAAACUAAUAAAACGACGCAAAUUACCCUUUAAAAAUAAAAGUUUAAGAUAAACUCACGAUUUAAGCACUACAGAUUGGAACUCGGCAAACGAGUAUAACGAGCACGCAAAUAAUAACCACCCAACAGGUUUAUCCCAAACAAUUUAAAUGUCCAUAGAACUAUUUUGAAACUCUCACAAAACAACAAUAGCUUACAGUUCCAGAAAGCAAAUUAUUCUUUUUCGUCAAAAUGAUAAAGUCGCGAGUGAUUUAGGCCAAAAGAUACGGUAACUGUUAUGCCAUUUAAAAAAGGGGACAUAAAUACCACGCAUUUUAGAAAAUUAAAACUUUUAAUUUCCCCUCGUUUCUAAUGUACAACUUUGGAUGGUUUCAUUCCAAUAAUUAGUUUCACCCCUUGUACAAAGUUUGCACCACCGAACGCUCGCUAGUGCGUGCCGCCGCUAGAUCUGUAGGAAGGGUUUUGUAUGUUUGUAUUUUAACUAUUUAAUUUCUGAUUUCGGCAGCCAUACACAACUCACAGCAGUUUUAGAAAUCCCAACCAAAAACAAAAAAAGUACACACAAAAAACGUUUAGUAGUUGUAGUGGUCAGGAAAAAGUAUAUAAUUAAAAAGAUUUAAAAAAGGCAAAGCUAAUUAAUACAUAACUCUCAGAAGAAGAAAAAAAAACAAACUCCUAUUAUACGAGGAUUAGACUCUUUCUCGUGUGAACGUGAAUUAAAAUAAAAA